UCCUCUGCUCUAGGAGGACUGGGUUUCCUAUCAAGAAGCAAAGGAGCCCAGCACGCGUACUGACUUCAUCUCGCUUUCUUCAAAAGCGCUCCUUGCCCGCCUGUACGGCAGCGCAGCCCAUCUUUUACGCGAUCAUCUGAAGUACAGUGAUUAGAAAUAUAUUCAGCACUCUUGAACCUGACCAAAAGCAUCAUUCCCCAUCUGACCAUCUGUUAGCGAGGAGGCAUUUAACAGGGAAGCUGAAGAGAAAACCAGUACGUUACAGCUUAGAAACCGCCUUUCCCUGCAAGGGGAACCGAAUGUGCGUGGUCUGUUGGACUAGGUGGCAGCACCACGUCUCGCAGCAGGGCUUUCCCGACCUCGGGGAAGGUUCCGCUUGGCAACUGCCCUCUGAGGCUGGUCUUGCUGCUUGACUUCAAAGAGAUUACAGGUGCUCUGGGAUGAGUUUUGUGAAGUAAAUAACUGCAGCUUGUACUGUUUUUCCUGGCGAGCACAGGAAAACUCACAAAUAUACCAAGACCUUUGAUCCCUUGAUGGGGCUCCUAAGUUUUCAGUGAACUUUGAUUUUUGAUUUUUUUGGUCUGCAUACUAUAAUUCUGGCUGUAGUUUCAAGUAGCUGGUGUGGGGACUUUUUUCUUUCUCUUUUUUUAAUUUAAACAAAAGAAGCUCAUGUGUCAGUACAUCCGGGCUGGUAUAAUGCUUCACUCCCAUCAUUUACUGUCCUGUGGAAGCAUUUAUGGAUGAGCUCCGAGUGUUUUGGAGUUGAUCUUCCUUGGCUCUGUUUGCUGCCUGAAUGGAAUGUAAGGGAUCGAUAACCUCGGACUUUCUUUGAAAAUUUUGGAACAAAGGCUCACUAAGGCUGCAAAAGAAUAGCUGGAAGAGAAGCUUUAGUUUCGAAGCUAAGCUCGUAGCUAGAAUAUAUACCUAGCAGAUGAGUGUGGGUUUGUGAAUACAAUCACUGCUGGUAGAUUUUGUGGCAAAAUAAAAUGCAGGAACUUUUAUGGCACUGUUGACACAAGAGUGAGAGAAUGUGGUCGAGGUGUGAGUACAUUUAGGCUGGAAACUGGACACCGUCGGGUGUAUCAGAGGAACAAAUCUGGAACAACCUGCCUGCAUGAGUGAAAAAGGGCAGGUGGUGUGAAUAGCAAAGCUUGACCAAAUAACAGAAGCAACGUCACUGUUGGCUGGGAAGACAGGGUCAAUCUGUUUUCUUCUUCGGACUGAUUCACUGCUUUAAAUCCUUCGUGUUAGCCUUGAAUUAGCAGUGAAGGUAAGAGCCUGUGGCAAGAUAUAUUAGGACUGCAGGUACUGUAAAGACUGUUAAAUUUCAGUUACCUCUGCACCUGCCGCUGCCCGGCGGAGCAACGAAGCUGACAACUACCCGCUGCACAUGCUUUCCCCAGAAGUUGUGUGACAAAGAACACUGGUUCUUUCAUUCUGAGUCCCGUUAAAAAGAAAUCCAUCGACUUGUAAGCUGCCCCUUGCGAGAGGCAAUGAGAAAUUUACCUAAACGUGCCUCUCCUGGCAUGUUCUAGAAAACAGAUUUUUCUAGUAUCCUGUGUAUAUUAUCUGCGUUUGGGGGUUUUUUGGUGGUUUUUUUUUUCUUUUCUUUCUGCUUGACCCUUUUGGAUCAGAUGCUGCCACCUGUUUGAAGGGAGCAGGUCUUACUUAUUCACCUCCUGCAGAAGGUUUGUAGUAGCAAAACAUCUUGUUAGCGUCCUUUCCCUCCUCUGCAGCAGCGGUAACGCCAGAAGCCUCUUCAGCGAAGGUGGGGAUGCUGCUGUAAGAACCUGACUCAGGAGCUGCUUUGCCACCAUCCUGGGCUUGUAGGUGACCUCCAGAGCUGCUUCCAGAACAUGCCUGCGGCCCUGGUGUCUGGCCAGAGGUGCCCUGAUUGCCUGGAGCCGCUCUGAGGGUGGAUGGAGCAAGAGGGUGGGGAGCUCGGGGAGGCGGGGAGCGGAGCCAGAGGAGGAAGCGAAAGGGGGAGGCUGAGUGACCUGGAGGACCCAGCUGGUGGCACGCUGCAGGGCCAUGGCCAAGCCCGGAGCCUGUGAGUAGCUGCUCCAGGUCAGGGCGGUGGCGGGAGCCCUUGGCCUGGUCUCUGAUGGCGCCGGAGGAGAGGCCAGGCGUUUGGGAGAGGGUGAAGGUUGGCUUUGCUGCGAGCUCGUUGCAUGUCCCAGCUUUAGGUGGUGAUGGGGAGAACUGGUGGUCCGGGGCAGGAGGACGGCGUGCGCCAGGUGACCCUCUCCAUGCAGCGGCUGCGGGUGCUGCCACCAGCGGUCCUGGGCGACCCCGCGCUGGAGAGCCUUGACCUCGACAGGAACAAGCUCAGGAGCAUCGCCGGCAUCUCUAAGCUUUGCAACUUGAAGAAGUUGAUCCUGUCCAAGAACGAGAUUGUGGACUUUCCCGAUGAAAUCCAGAGCCUGGUCCGUUUGGAGAAGCUUGAGCUGAAUCAGAACCAAAUCCGGGUCAUCCCUGAGGGGGUUUUCUGCCAUCUCCCCAGGCUGAAACACCUGCGGCUGAACAACAACCGUCUCAGUGCCCUCCCCAGGGACCUGGCAGCUUGUCGAGGCAGUCUCCAGUACCUCAACAUCUCCAACAACCUGUUCCGGACCUUCCCCCAGCCCGUCCUGCAGCUGGCAUGCUUACAGGAGCUCCACGUGCAGAACAAUGCCCUCCGGCAGCUCCCCAGGGAGCUCUUCCAGGGGCAGUCCCUGAAAAUGGUCAAGGCCAGUGGGAACCCGCUCCGGGAGCCACCCAGUGAAGUGUGCGCCGGUGGCAUCCAGCAAAUCCAGAAUUACUUCAGCCAGCUUCAACACAGUUCAGGGCAGGAGGACAAGAGGGUCAAGACCAUGUUCCUGGGGGCCUCGCUGGCAGGGAAGUCCACCAUCUGCCAAAGCCUGAAGCAAGGGCAAACCAAACUGGUGCCCAAGGAAGAGCGAACGGUUGGGAUAGAGAUCAGUGAGUUCCAGAUCGAGGACUUCACGUUUCUCUUCUGGGACUUUGCCGGCCAGCUGGAGUACUACAUGACUCACCACGUGUUCAUCACGCCACAGGCGCUUGUCAUCCUCGUCAUCAACCUCCACAUGUACCAAAUUACUGACCAGUCUUUCAAGGAGCUCGUUGGUUUCUGGAUCAACAACUUGUUCAUGCGAGUCCCCAACUCGGUGGUGCUUCCCGUGGGCACCCACGUGGACUGCUGCCGGGAGGAGGAGGUGGAGGAGAAGAGGCGUGAUAUCAUGGCCAAGAUCGCGGCCAUGCUGGUGGAGCGAAAAAGCAACCUCGCUCACUUCAUCGACAACCUGGAGGGCAGCGAGGAGCCCAAGUUUUAUGUGGACCAGUGGGAGAGGCUGAAGGAGAUGGAGAGCCACACGUUAACUAUCUUACACUUAGUUGCUGUCAACUGCACAGAUCACAGUGACAUCAAAAAGCUUGAGGCCACUAUCCUGGAGCAUGUGAAGAAGGAGGAGCUCUUCCCUGAGGUUGUCCGAGUGCUACCGCCCGUCUACCGGCAGGUGGAAGCUGCCAUCGUCGCUAUCGCGCAGAGCGAGGAGAUGGCGGGCCAUGGCAUGAUGGACUUCCAGUACCUGCUCAGCAAACUCUCCCAGCGUGAGAGCCUGGCCAGCCUGGGCAGGGAGCUGCUCCAGGACAUUUUGCGGUACCUCCACCGCAUCGGGCUUCUUGUGUGGUAUGAGGAAAUCAAGCACCUGGAAAGCACCGUUUUUCUCCAGCCUACCUUCCUAAUAACGAUGUUCAAGCUCCUGGUGCGGUACCGCCUGGUCCAGCAGCUGGAGAGCAUCUCCGUGGACACGCUGAUUGGGGAGCACGCCACCAUCAGAGACAGGUCCAACUGGGUGUGGACCUUCAAGUCAAAGGCAAUGCUGUGCCACCGAGCCGUGCGUGCCUUGGUGAAGCACCAGCUCUUUUCUGAAGGGAUGCAGGAUGUCUUUGAGGAAAUUAUGGGACACGGGCCUCACAGAGGGAGAGGGAAGCUCUUCAGCCUCCUGAAGCACUUUGAGCUCUGCCUGGAGGUGAGGCACACCAAAGCACUCAACCCCCAGGCCAGUGAGUUUGUGCCCGGGAAGCCAUGGGAGACAACGCAGGGCUGCGAUGAGUCCUGGUACUUAUUCCCAACCUACCUGAACCAGACCCAAGAGGUCUCUGAGGUGUGGGGAGGAGACCACCCUGAGGACCUCCACAUCCGUGCCUACUUCUCGCCUGAGAUACCGGAGGGUUUCUUCCAGAGGUUCCUGGUGAAGGCUUGCUCCUUCUACUCCACACACUGGGUGGCCAAAGUGACUUGCCUGCUCGUAUGCAACGGCAAAGCUCUGCUCAUCAAAGAGAACAACCAGAGGGCCUACAGCUACCUGGAGCUCCGGUGCAGAAAGCCGGCAGGAAGGACAGGUUUCCAGUUUGCCUGGGACUUCCUGGUGGCCGCCGUGUUCAUCGUCCAGAAGCUGGCUGAGGCAUGGCCGGGGCUGCACGUGUGUGUGAAGACCCCUUGCCGAACAGCCGGCUGCCCCGCGGAGCUCAUCUGGCCAGACAUGGAUGGCACAAACACCACGACCAAGGAAGAUGUUAAAACCUGCGGGACAUGUGGGCACCGCUUCGGCGCGGAGCUGCUCCUGCCCAAAGUGCCCAGGCCACCAGAGCAGCCCCCAGCACAGCCCUCUGCUCACUACUACGUGACAAGCUACGGGACCACCACCUUCGGGUCCAGCAGCAUCCAGGUCAAUCAGCAGGUAAGGAGGCUGCCACCUCCCUGGGGGAGACCCCAGGGUCCCAUGCUGGUGGCCAAGCUGGUCCUCUCCCCUCGCUUCUGAAAGGAGAAUUGCAGCCCGGGGAGGGGACACCCCCUCCCCCCAUGGUGACCAUGCUCCUCCCCACGAUCCCACCACCUCUGCCCCUCGGAGCUGAGUGCUGGGUGCUCUGUGUUGGAGUUACUGCCUUAUUUUUCCAGAACAUCUCAAGCGAGUAGCUCGGGGCCAGCGGGGAGGCACUCGCCGAAGUUAUUUUUGUUUAGCCAAAGCCCAGCUGACCUCAACACGCUUUGCUUCCAAGUCGUGUUUGCAGCCUUAAAGCAUGGAAAUAAAUGCAUCCCU